UUGCCAUCUUCCUUGACAACUCAUUUCCUGUAUUGCAACUAAAGCAUCACACGUCAAUACGUUGUCUCGACUUGAGUGCAAGUCGUACAAAGCUUGCUGUUGUUGAUGAGAGCAAUUCUUGCAUGGUGUAUGACUUGAAGACAAAGGAGCUGCUAUUUCAAGAACCAAAUGCAAACAGUGUUGCAUGGAAUACACACAACGAGAAUAUGCUAUGCUUUACGGGAAAUGGUCUUCUCAAUAUCAAAGCAAGCAACUUCCCUGUUCAUCAACAAGUGAUGCAGGGAUUUGUUGUCGGAUUCAGUGGGUCAAAGAUUUUUUGUUUGCAUAGCCAUUCAAUUAGCUCUGUGGACGUUCCGCAGUCUGCUCCUAUGUGUCAAUAUUUGGAGAAGAAGAUGUUUCUUGAUGCCUAUCAGGUAGCUUGUUUGGGUGUAACUGAAGGAGACUGGAGGGCACUAGCGAUGGAAGCAUUGGAGGGACUUGACUUUGAAAUUGCAAAGAAAGCUUUUAUUCGGAUCAGAGAGCUUCGUUAUCUUGAGCUAGUACACAAUAUUGAGGAACGUAAACGACGCGGAGAGACCAACAAUGACAUUUUUUUAGCAGAUGUUUAUUCAUAUGAGGGUAAACACCAAGAGGCAGCACGUCUCUACAAACAAGCUGGCUAUGCCUCAAAGGCAAUGGACAUGUUUUCAGAUUUGAGACAGUUUGAACAUGCGAAAGAGUAUCUCGGUACUGCUAAUGUAGGGAACGUACAACAGUUGAUAAAAAAGCAAGCAGAAUGGUGCAACACUUCUAAUGACCCAAGAGCUGCAAGUGAAAUGUAUAUUUAUGCUGGAGAUUUUAUGAAAGGGAUAGAAAUCGUUGGACAGAAUGGCUGGAUGGAAAAGCUAAUGGAAAUUGCACGUAGUCUCAACAAAACACAGAGAGAUGAACUGGCUCUUUGUGCUCAUUAUUUCAAACAUCAUGGUCAUCAUAUACAUGCUGCUGACAUUUACACACGAAUGAAUGACGUGAAGUCUUUGGUUGAUCUUCAUGUUGAAGCUUGUCACUGGGAAGAAGCAUUUUCUCUUGUAGAAGAACACCCACAAUUUAAGGAUGCUAUCUAUAUGCCUUAUGCCACAUGGUUGGCUGAGAACGAUCGGUUUGAUGAAGCACAGAAAGCUUUUCAUCAAGCAGGCAGAAGCGGCCAUGCAUCACAUGUGUUGGAACAGUUGUUGCAGAAUGCUGUCAAUGAGAAGAGGUUUGGUGAUGCGAGUUACUACUAUUGGGUGCUUGCUAAGCAAUGUUUAGACAAUGCUCAUGAGCAGCUGCAAGACAGAGCAUUUGCUCAAAGCAUGAUUGACAAGUUCUCUGAUUACCAUCAGAAGGCAGACAUCUACCACAGCUAUGAUGCUAUACAGAAAUACAUAGAUGAACCAUUUACAUCUCAUCUGCCUGAGGCUCUUUUUCAUAUGGCACGAUAUCUCUUUCAUUUACUGAACAGAGAAAAUGAGUUACCAGCUGGAGUAUCAAAAGCGAAGGUGUUGAUUGCAUUAGCCAAGCUGGGUCGAAAUUUAGGAGCGUACAAGGUGGCAAGACAUGCAUUUGAAAAACUUCAGGCAAUGAGGAUUUUGAAUUCAUUUCAAGACACUAUUGAUAUAGGGAGUGUCACAAUACGAUCUAAACCAUUUCAUGAUCAAGAGGAGCUUCUUCCAAUGUGUUAUCGUUGCUCCACCACUAAUCCUCUUAUCAACAGUCAAGGAAACUGUUGUGUCAAUUGUCAACAACCAUUUGUUUAUUCCUUCUUUAGUUUUGACAUUCUUCCUCUUGUGAUGUUUACAUUGGAAGAUGAUAUUAAUGAUGAGGAGGCAAUUGAGCUGAUUCAGAUGGACCCUCCUGCAAAAAAGAGCAAAGGGCGAUGGCAGGAAUUACAAUCAGAAGGCGUCCAAACAUUGCAACUAUCUGAUGGUUUGGAUGAAGAACCAGAGAAUGAUUUAUUUGGUGCUCGUCUAUUAAACUUUGAGCCUGGAGCUGCAGAUUUUGUUCCUGUACAAGUAGAUCGAGCCAUUUUGAAAUCUCUUUAUUCAUCUGAAGUUUUAAUUCAGAAGUGGCCUUCUCCAAUUAGAUGGACAUUUUAUCGCAACUUGAUGCCAGACAUGACUAUUACUGUUGAUCCUCAGUCUUUCAAAAUGUUUGCUGCAGAAGACUAUGAGCUGCUUGUUUUGCAAAAGAAGCUACCUUUUACACACAGCAGCCAGCGGCUCCUGUAAUAAUUGUAGGUUGUGCAACAGGCUCAUGAUAAAAAUAGUUCUUACUGAAAACGUAGAUUUUCUCACGAUACUAUGGAAUCAUUAGAGAUUUUGAGUAUAUCAUUGUUCUUGUCA